GACGCUACAGGGUUAAGGUCGGUCAUACUGAUCUUCGCAAAUUAUCGAGUUCCUUCAGUUAUAGUACUCCGUUUAUGGGUACCUGAUAUGUGUUAUCUUUUAAGUUACAGCAGUGGUUCGCCUGGCUCACGUCAACCUUUGAAAAUAUCCAGUGAGGGAGGUAAUAAAUUAUUGUACAUCCUAAAUUAAAUAACUUAUUCUUUGUAAAUCUUCAUGAUGACAUGCACUGCAAGAGAUUAUAUAUGCUGUUGCAUUUUUUAAAAGUAUUCCUGGGCAAACUAUCUCAGAUUGACUAAAUAAAACAAGUGCUGUUAAUACGUAUCCCCGAACACUGCUUACCUCGACAGUCGGUGUUUUCUGGUGUAGGAGUAGGCUGAGAGGAAACAAGGUGCGGCCAAACCAGAACAUGACAUCAGUCCAUGAAGUCACUAAUAAUCGACCUGGGCCGUGUUAAUAGGUUUAGACUUCCUGGUUGAGGUCCACGUGGUGAUCGUAACCAAUCGUUAAGGAAUUCCAUGACACGGCUCGAAGUCAUUUGCAAUAGUAUAAGUUUGUCCAUUCUUUGUCUUCUUCCAGAUUAUGAGUUCGUUAAUUUUUUGUCUUCAUUUCACCAAUUCAUAUUGUCUCGAAUGGUACCUUCAAUACCUAAUCUUUCCUGUUGCCACUGGUACUGAAUGCAUGGAUAACUGUGGCUAUGAAAACGUGUUUAGACAGAGCUUUACUUGAUGCUUCAACGAAAAAAAAAUCAGACCCGGUUAUUGAAUGAAAUAUUUUUGAAUGUCAAUCAGUAACAAGGACGUGAUUGCAUUAUCAAACUUUCUUCAUCCCGAUCGGAUUUCUCGUCAAACACUACAAGGUAUUAGUAGCGCAGCGCAACAGCAAUUCGCUAAAUCAGAUCGAUAUAAACUAUGCCGUGUUUUAAUGUUUCUCCUUCAAAAUGACUUCUUUCAUGAUGCAAUAAUACAUUUUGCAGCUGUUUAUUUAUUAUGGGAUUUGUGGAAAUCAGAUAACUCUUCCAUCAAUAAUAAUCCAUUCACAGAGUUUUUAAUUUCGUUUAUGCAGGAUGAAGUGCAUUGCAAGUUGCCGCGAUCUGCAAUUUCAAUGUUUCAUACAAUUCUUCGUCAACCUGAUCAAAUUCAUGAUUUUCUAAAGUAUACUCCAGCACAGUUAUUUGAUUUACCGUAUCCUUCGACCGAUAUUAGACUUGACUGGGAUCUGGUUCCAGUAGCCAAUUCGCUGAAAUCAUCUGGCCGUGUUUCGAAGGUGGCUGACUCUGGAAUGGUUUGUAUUGUUCCUGACGAAGAUAUUCCACGUUCUUUUGAGCCAUCAUUUCACUUAUAUAACACAGACGAUUCCUGUGGUACAUCUGAAUUACAACGUCAAUGUUUAGAUGCUCUUUUGUUACGUAGUGAACUGUUAAUAGGUCGCAAUAAUGUCUUCCCAGAGUUUCUUCGUAUUUCCCCACCUUUGUUACCGUGCCCCCAAGGAAUUGAUGAGAUUUUAUACAGUUUAGAUGAAGAAAAUGAAUCCAUCAGUCGUACAGUUUCCAACUUUAGUCCUUCAGAGAAAAGAUCUAUCAAGAAGUCUAAACCCACUUAUGGCUGGUCAGAAGAACUUAUUUGGCUUAAUCCAGACAUUGUUGAGCACGAUUUCCAUUGGAAUAACAGUAUGGAACUUGUUGACAUAACAGUUGAGCUUCGUCAUUUGGUUUCCGCAGCCAUGACAUCCACUUUAACCCAGUCGCAGCAACAAACUGUUGUUCAGGCAAUUAAGGAUAAUCCAGAUGUUAUCUAUAAUGUUGGUAUAACUCCAGAGAUUGUACCGAAUUUCGUUAACCGUAACCCAGUUAUCGCUAUUGAAGUUUUACAAUUGUUGAUUACAUCACCGAAACGAGAUGAGUACUUAAAUGCUCUGCUAAAAAUGGAAGUUACUGUACAGUCAAUUGAAGUGGUAAAUCGACUAUCUACAAAAAUUGCAUUACCUACAGAAUUUAUACAAGAUUAUAUAUCGAAUUGUUUAGCAUUUUGUUAUUCAGUAAAUGAUAAAUUUUAUCAAAUGAGACAUGUUCGUUUAGUAUGUGUACUACUUCAAUCACUUAUCAGGAAUAACAUAUUGGAUAUUCAUAAUCAGGAUAUCUUAAUCGAAGUGAGGACAUUUUGUUUAGAAUUUACUAAAGCUCGGGAAGCGACCACUCUUCAUAGACUUAUUUUAAAUAUGGAGAACACUAAUACAGCUUCAUCGGCUACAACGUUCAGCAACAACAUUGGCACUUCCACGACCACGACUAGUCCUACUUGUUCAUCAACUGGUAUACCACAACAAGACAUUUCUAAUGAAAAUAAAGAGACCUCCUAAUAACUGGGUCACUAUGUUACAUUACAGAUCAAUUGUAUAGAUCAUAAAUAAAGACAUAAAGGUCUGAUUUUUAUUCAGUGAUAUACAGUACAUCUACCAAAUGAAAUCUCUAUUUUGAAAAGC